GAUAGAAAGACUGUUGCUCAAUCUGUGCUUCACAGUUUAUUAGAUCUUUAUUGUGGAGCAUUAGAACAUGUGCUAAACUUUGAACUUCUCUUUUUUUUUCAGAAUGACAGACUUUCAAGGUUUGACCCAGGGCUUUCUAAUACUGCACAUAAUGAGGGUCCUGAACAGUUCACUAAUCGAACAGGUUUCUCUACUUAUAGAGGAAGCAAGCAAGGGUCUCUCAGGGCAGAAAAAGAAGACACGUUGGAUUAUAAAAAGCUUUAUGAGCAGUUCUUGGCAGAAAAUGAGAAACUUAAGGCGAGUCUACAUGACACAAACCUGGAACUGAAUGAGUUGAAAGUGCAAUUAGAGAAAACCACACAGAGGCAAGAAAGGAUAGCUGAUCGGUCGCUGCUCGAGAUGGAGAAAAGGGAAAGAAGAGCUCUGGAAAGGAAAAUAGCAGAAAUGGAAGAGGAGCUUAAGGUAAAUGUUUAGACACCAUUUACUUUAAACUGAUUGAUAUCG